GCAGGCCUGACCAGAGGGUCGCGGGGAGAGUGUGAGACCCAACACCCAAAGUCUUUAAAACUUUAAACAAUUAAACCCCAUGAAUUCAUGAUUUCAAACUGACCGGAAAACCCUUGAACUAAAGUGAAGUUAGGAAAAGGAUGAUUUGUAGAGACGGAUGUGCAGAACCAACCAAUUCAUCGUAUAGCGGCGAGGCCGGAGACCAACCUCAACGGCCGCCCAAGAUCCCCAGGAUUGAAGAAGAAGAUCAAGUUGAAAGUAUGAAGCCACCAAAACCUGGAUUACAAAGGUAUCUUGUGGCAUUUGAGUAUAUUGGCACUCGUUUCUUCGGCUCACAGCAACAACCCCAUCAAAGAACUGCUGUUGGUGUUCUUCAGGAUGCUUUUGAGAAAUUUGUGGGACAACCAGUUUCAAUCUCUGGCUCUAGCCGAACGGAUGCUGGCGUUCAUGCCUUGUCAAAUGUUUGUCAUGUAGAUGUUGUACGAAUUAGUAAGAGGAAGCCAGGUGAAGUGUUGGAACCGCACGAACCUUCUGUUGUUAGAAGAGCUGUGAAUCAUUUUUUACAGAGAGAAGGUGACAUAAUGGUUAUCGAUGUACGUAGUGUUCCCUCUGAUUUUCAUGCCAGAUAUAAGGCCCAAGAGCGCACGUAUUACUACCGGUUGCUGUCAGGUCCAGAAUCACUGUCAACAUUUGAAAGGGACCGGGCAUGGCAUGUUCUCGAGGAACUAAACCUUCAAGCGAUGCAGGAAGCGUGCAAGGUUCUUGUUGGGCACCACGAUUUCAGUUCAUUUAGAGCUGCUGGUUGUCAGGCUAAGUCUCCUGUUAGGACAUUAGAUGAGCUUCAUGUUACCGAGUCUGUUUCUGUUCCAAAUUUUCCAUCCGUCACCGAGAGCAAACCGAGUGAUAUUGGAGCACAAGGUGUUCCAAAUAAUAGUGAAAAAGAGUUCAAUGGAUUUUGUCAAGAGUUUGGAAUCAGGAGUGGACACCGCUGCUUGGUAGUUAAAGCACGUUCGCACUCCUUUUUAUAUCAUCAGGUGAGGCUGCUUGUUGGUGCUCUCAAGUGUGUUGGCACAGGACAUCUAACAGUUGCCGAUGUGCAAAGAAUCCUCGAUGCAAAAACCGUGGCGGCUGCAUGUCCCAUGGCUCCUGCUUGCGGCUUAUAUCUUGGACGCGUGAAGUAUGAUUUAGACUGAAAUGGGAUUUAGAGUAUUACUUUUAGCCGGAGAAACCAAGGUGAUUCUGAUUCUCUGGGUGGGAGUGUAGUUUUGGGAUUCAUUUUGACCUUUUUAAACCCUAGUUGCUGCAAAUCAAUAUUGUAAGAUUCCUUAAUUGUUAGCUUGUGUUGAAGGAUUUGGGACAAUGCAUUGAUGGCGUUGCCCACCCCACCCACUAUGAUUCUAAUUCAUAGGAUUAGAUGAGAUUUAAUGACCAUGAUUA